AUGCUGCAUAUGCCUGUGAAAGCUUUCUCGCUGGAGACCUUGUGAUCUGCGUGAACAGGCCCUGGGGCAAGAACAGACCGCAAUAUAAGUAUCGGAGCCCGUAGAGAUUUGGAGGGGGGGAUUGAGAAGGAACCAGCAUCCAGAGAUCUCGUUCCAAACAGCCCCCCAACCCAGAAAAGCGCCGUGUAUUUAUCGCUCUUCGGCGGAAGUAGCAGUGAGAGUAUCAGGGACAACAAAAAGCUUUCCUCAUCCUCCCGUCACACCACUUUGUUCUUUCCUCGAGUUAUACCAAGCUACUCUUUACGUCGACCGCUGCAAUCCGGAUAUCCGAAUCCUAAUCCUCAUUUAAAUUUCAUGUGAGUUGUUCGCAGUCCUCUCCCUUCAGUGUUUUGCUUCCGCCUCGUGUUCCCUUCGUCGCAAGCUGCCAUUGAGAUUCUGCCUUUCGAGACUGACCAGGUAAAUUUUGCACCUCAGCAGUCUACACACCUCGACGACAACAUGGCUACUCUUGUCGGAAUCAACGGCUUUGGCCGUAUUGGCAGAAUUGUCUUCCGAAAUGCUGUCGAGCACGACGAUGUCCACGUCGUCGCUGUCAACGACCCCUUCAUUGAGCCCAAGUACGCUGCAUACAUGCUCAAGUAUGACAGCAUUCACGGUAUUUUCAAGGGCACAAUCGAGGUCCAGGGAGAUGCCUUGGUCGUCAACGGCAAGAAAGUCACUUUCUACAUGAAGAGAGACCCCGCCGAGAUCCCGUGGUCGGAGACUGGUGCUCAGUACAUUGUUGAAUCGACUGGAGUGUUCACAACCACAGAAAAGGCUUCUGCCCACUUGAAAGGUGGCGCGAAGAAGGUCGUCAUCUCUGCUCCCUCAGCCGAUGCCCCUAUGUUCGUCAUGGGUGUCAACCACGAGUCCUACAAGUCCGACAUCCCCGUCAUCUCCAACGCUUCCUGCACAACCAACUGCCUGGCACCUCUCGCCAAGGUCAUCAACGACAAGUUUGGCAUGAAGGAAGGCCUCAUGACCACCAUUCACUCAUACACCGCUACCCAGAAGACCGUCGACGGACCAUCCGCCAAGGAUUGGCGAGGUGGCCGUGCCGCAGCUCAAAACAUUAUCCCCAGCAGCACUGGUGCCGCCAAGGCUGUGGGCAAGGUUAUUCCAUCUCUCAAUGGCAAGCUCACCGGCAUGUCCAUGCGUGUGCCCACCGCCAAUGUGUCCGUGGUGGAUCUCACCUGCGUCUUGGAGAAGCCUGCGUCCUACGAUGAAAUCAAGCAAGCUAUCAAGGACGCCUGCGCCGGCAGCCUCAAAGGUGUCAUGGCAUACUCCGAGGAUGACCUCGUCUCCAGUGACUUGAACGGCGACACCCACUCUUCCAUUUUCGACGCCAAGGCCGGAAUCGCCCUCAAUGACCACUUCGUCAAGCUCGUUUCCUGGUACGACAACGAGUGGGGAUAUUCCCGACGUGUCAUCGAUCUUUUGGCGUACAUUGCCAAAGUUGAUGCCGGCAAGGCCUAAAGGACAGGUCUUGGUACCACCGAUUCUUCAACAAACGCCAAUAAUUCUUUCUUAACCGAGGCUUCGGAAAUCGAGGUUAGUGUCGCAUGAGGUAAAAAGAAGAUCGGGGCGAAAGACGGGACGAAGCGCAACAUAGAUCAAGUCUCACCUGGUGAUAUGGUUUGCUUGGAAGCACCGAUACGUAUCCUUACUACGACCUAGCUCAGAUAGGAAAAUGCGAGUCUCCCUGUAUUGCCAGCAAGAACAAAAUUAUCAUGCUCCGGAUUGGCGCGCUCUAAACGGUUGUUUCGAAGCCUUGGCACGUGAUCGCAGCCUUCCUUCACCAUCACGUGAAGCGUCUCUUGGCAAUCCCUGGCUGGGCUUCCUCU